AUGUCGAAUUUGUAUGAUAAGUUGGGACCACAAGGUAGAGCUCUACUAAAUCAAAAUAACAAUAAUCAUAUAUCUCAAACCCAAAAUCAUUCUCAACCAGAUUUUACUCCACAAGAAUUAGAUUUUGUAAUUGAUGAAUUAAGAAAUCCAAAACCAAAUACAACAGUUAAUAAAGUGUUAGGAUAUUUAUAUAAUUAUGUACCAUAUAUUAAACAUGAAAGGAAUCUAGGUAUUGUAAUAGCAAGUUUUUUAAACUCGCCAGUAUGUUUUGGAUCUAAAACAUCAAUACUACCAACAUUUGAAGAAAAUUAUCCCAUCAUUGAAGUAUUUAAAUUAAUAACUGAUAAGAAGUUAAAGAUUUCCAAACCUACAUUGUCAAUAAAACUGUAUUAUUCAAUUAUUGGCCAAGAAUUAGAAAAUUUUGUUUCUUACAACCCUAUUCAAAAUUCAUGGAAAGUCUUGCCUAUUAUUUGUGGGAUAUUGCUUUCAAAUAAUUUAAGAAAUGAAAUAUAUAUUGAACAACAAAAUUUUUUCAAAUAUAAUUGGUUUUUCCAAAACUGGGAUACUAAAAUAAAAGCCUUAUUUAUCAAAUGUUUGGAAUUUAGUUUAAGUAAUAUUCAUAAUGAAAAUAUUUUGUUUUUAAGUGUCACUAGUUUAGCUUUAAUUUUUCAAAAAGAUGAUGAAAAUAUUAAGAAAUAUACUUCAAAAAUUAAUGAUUCAUUUAUGAUUAAUCUUUUGGUGGAUAUGAUUUUUUUAAAUCCAAAUAUUUCUACAAAAGCGUAUCAAGAAUUUUUCAAAUUUAAUCCAAAUUCACCUAAUAACGAAGAAAUAAUUCAAAAGGAAAUUUUACAAAAACCGGUUAUUAAACACUUAAAUAAAUUUUCAUUUUUGUUAGCUGCUUAUUUACGUAAUUUAAAAUAUAACUACAAAAAUGAUGAAUUAAUUCAUAGUUUUUUAAUUAAAGUAACCGAUUUCAACCAUCAUUUGUCACAUUCAAGUUCAUCUUCAAUUUUCAAUAACUUCACUAGUCCUAAAGAUAGCAACCCUUUAUUCCAGCUGUUUUGGUAUUUUAUGAAAAAUAUCCUUUUUUCGGAGAUUAUCAUAUUUCAGGGAUUAUUGACUAGAUUUUUAUCAGGUAAUAAAUCAAAUAUGGUUUGGUUCAAUUCAAGAGACUUAGUGGUUAUAGAGAGAGAAUAUAGGGAAAUAUCUUUAAAAAUUAUUACAAACUUAUAUUAUUUAAAUUUCAUACUAUUGUCAAUAGGUCAAGGAGGAUUUGAUAAUUAUAAUUUUGUUUAUUAUUUAAGUAUUGAAUUAGCAUUAUCAUCAGUACAAUUUGAUAAAAUGACAAUGAGUUUAUUAAAUUAUAAUGAAGUUAACUUGUAUCCCGAUGUUUUGAAUACAAAUUAUAUAAUGCAACUGAAAGUUUUAUUUGUUUUAGGACUUUGGGAAAAUUAUUUACAACUGAAAAAUAUUAAAAAUGAGAAAUUCGCAAAAGAUAUAUAUAAUAUAGUAAAAGAUUUAGCAGAUGAUAAAAAAUAUUCAAAUGAUGAUUUAAUAGAAGCAAGUCAUUCAGUUUUAUUAUUUUAUUUUGCAAAUAGUUCAAAUGUUGAUUUAAAUGAUUGUAUUGAAUAUGUGAACCUUCUAAUUAAACAAUUCCCCAAAACAAUAUCAGCUACUCAAUUAUGUAUAGCAAUAGAAACAAUAGGUAAAAAAAUAUUAUCAAAUCCCAAACCAUAUCCACCAAAUUCAAUUUUCACAAAUUCUGCUGAUGAAUUUUUCCAAUUCUUGGUUGAUAAAUGUACACCAAUAAGACCAGGUAUACCUGUUAAAAACAUUGAAGAAAAUCCUUCUUUUACAUCUGCACAACCUAUAACUGAAAUUGAAGCUAAUUCAACAUUAAAUACAUUAGAACAAGAUAAAAGAUUAAAUAAUGAUAUUAUACAUGAAAAUAAAGCAAAAAAACCAAAAGAUAAAGUAAUUAAAGAUUUAUUACCAAAAUUUAGAAAAGAAUAUCAAUUUUCAAAUAGAUUAAUUCCAGAAACAGCAAGAGAAAGUGCAAUAUUAGCGUUAAUUAAUUUAAUUCCUUAUUUUCCAUUACUGGUUUUUUUACAAUGGAUUGAUAAAAUUUGGUAUUUAAUUUUAAAAAGUAAUGAAUCUGAAAAAAAUUAUUUAAUUGGUAUGCUUUGGAAAGUAUUAAGUGAUAGUUUAGAUCUUAAUAGAAUUGAAUUAGCUAUGAAAUGGUGGUACGAAAUUAUGAGGAUUCCGGAAAGAUCUAAUACUGAUAUUCUUGAAUAUAAAAUGUAA